AUGGGCGACGGAGACUGCGGCUGCGCGUCGUCGGGCAAGUGCGGCUGCCCAGCGGGCAAGUGCACAUGCACCAACUGCCCUGUAAGUGUCGACCCCCCCCCCCCCCCCCCCCCCUUUGCCCGUACAUCUACGCGACAUGGGACAGGCAACUGA